AUGACAUAUGCCAAAAAAGAAAUUUCUUACAUUGACCAUGAACUUGCUUUAGAAGAUAUAUUCAUUGUAGCGAAUGAAAAUGGAGAGUUGGAUAGUAAUGAUUCUGAUUCUGAUGAAGAUUAUGUUGGAGAUAGUGAAGUAGAAUUUAAAUCGCUUGAUGAAAUUUUGAGUUUAGAAGAAACAUUUGAUUUAGAUCAUGAAAUUUUUAGAGAAAGUGGUAGAAACAAUAAUGCUACAUCACGUUCUAAGAAUAUAGUUGAGAAAGAUCCAAAUUAUGACUACAAUGUAGAUAGUUUAGUUGCUGAAAUUUUUACCUGA